UAGUCUUUGCAAAACGAGACAGUUCAAUAUGGCGGCGGUUUUCCUUCUGGAGGAACUUGCCCUCGAAUGGUCACGUUUCCCACUGUGGUGACAUUUCCCAAUAAAAGCUUACAUUUAUGGUGGAAAGCUGUAUUCCAUCUAAUUUUAACAGUUGAUUUUUACCUCAGUUCCUCCCAAUGGAGUCCACAGCUGCAGAGAGUAAGAAGGAAGGAGAUAGAGACGUCAUUCUCAACGGCGAGUGUUCGACGUCUCUACAUGGGAAAGAGGAAAUUAACAAUCCUGAACAGCCGCAGAAAUUAUGCAGUGCAAAGAAAUUUACAGAUCUCAACGGCCUAAUGAUCCACACUCAAUCAUGCCCAAGUACAUCAACGAAUGAAAAUCAUGUAACCUCUGGUCAUAGUGAUCCGAUAGGAUAUGACCCGUCAACUUCAGAGAAGAAGAACUCCGCGGAACAUGCCGGACCUGGAGAUCCUUGUGAAAAAAGUACAAAUUUAACUUAUGUUAGUUACGAGUCUGAACUUCAAAUGGAGGCAAUUAUGGCUCUUAUAACAAAGGACCUUUCGGAGCCGUAUUCAAUCUACACAUAUCGUUAUUUCAUACAUAACUGGCCAAACCUCUGUUUUUUGGCAAUGGACGGUGACAACUGCGUUGGUGCCAUUGUGUGCAAGCUUGACAUGCACAAGAACAUGGUACGAAGAGGGUACAUUGCUAUGUUAGCUGUUGAGAAGGAAUAUAGACGGCAGAAAAUAGGUUCAAAUCUUGUGGUAAGAGCAAUCAAGGCAAUGCAAGAAGAUAGCUGUGAUGAAGUUGUACUUGAGACAGAGGUAACCAACACAGCAGCUCUGCGACUCUAUGAGAACCUGGGAUUUGUCCGUGACAAAAGGUUGUUUAGGUAUUAUCUUAAUGGUGUUGAUGCACUGAGACUGAAGUUGUGGCUAAGAUGAGGAAGAUAUUUUGAAUUUUUUACUGUUCUAAUUUUUUUUUCUUUUUUUGUUUUGGAUCUUGUAUUCAGUGAAAGUCUGUCUGUUUUGUAAGUAAAAUGUCAGGCUAACAGCCAUGUAAAAAGUAAAUUAAUGGCAGUAAGUUUGGAAGAUUCCAGUUGAAAUAAUUUGUGAAAUGUUCCUACUGAAAUAAACAUCAAUGAAAUGCUA